UUUCCCGCCCUUUUUUCUUUACGUCGUCGUGUCUCGAUGACGUAACGCAGCACACGCGGGGCCUCGCCUCCCCCCCACUACCCCUAGGUAAGAUGGCCGCCUUCCGGCAUCAACCGACGCACCCCGGCGAUGGUCCCGGCGGCGUUGAACACUGAGGAGAACGCACGCGCGUGGAAGUGAAUCAGAAUCUGGAGUUGUGCCGGAGGGAUCCGAAGAGCUGUGAAGCUCUUUAGUUUGCUUUUGCGCAGACGUCCUGAGUGAGUUGGGGCUCGGAGCCGCGUUCCGUCUCCUCACGCCUCUUGGGGUUUGCCGAUUGCCUCGCUCCUGCGCCCGAGCCUCGCCGUUGUUGAAGGCUGAGCGGCCAUGGAGGAGCUGGUGGACGCGCUGGCCGGCUCGAUGGCCGUGACGUCGUCUCCCAACAGCACGGCCGCUCCGCACCCGCGCCUGGCUCAGUACAAGCAGCGCUGCAGCAGCCAGAGUCAGAACGAGCGCCGACAAAAGCUUCUGGAGCUGCAGAAAUCGAAGAGGUUGGACUAUGUCAAUCAUGCUCGGCGCCUGGCGAUGGAGGACUGGGCGGGCGUGGGGGACGCGGCGCCGAAGGCUCGGGGUAAGAAUGCGCGGGAAGCACCGAAGAAGGAAGAUGCAGAAGAGGGGAGUGAAGACGACAUGGAGGUGGACAUGAAGCACAGGAAGCUGUCGCGGUCCUACGCCAACCAGCUGAUGUUGUCGGAGUGGUUGGUGGAGGUGCCGGCGGACCUGUGCGAGGAGUGGCUCAUGCUCGUGUGCCCUGUGGGCAAGCGCUGUCUCGUCGUGGCGUCACGGGGGAGCACGGCGGUGUACACCAAGAGCGGCUACUGCGUGAAUCGAUUUUCGUCGCUGCUUCCUGGCGGUCGCCACGGACAACACAAAGAGUACAGCAUCCUCGACUGCGUGUUCAGCGAGGUGGACCGCACGUAUUACAUCCUGGACGUCAUGUGUUGGCGCGCACAUCCUGUCUACGACUGCGAGACGGAGUUCCGCUUUUUCUGGCUCCAGUCCAAGCUGCGGGACGAGGGCGCGGUGACGGAGACAUCCAAGCGCAACCCGUUCCGCUUCGUGGGUCUGCAGUCAUUCGCCUGCUCUCCGGACGUCCUGACGACAGCACUGGCCUCCUCCGAGUUCCCCUACGAGGUGGAUGGAUUGCUGUUCUAUCACAAGCGCACGCACUACUGCCCAGGCAGCACGCCGCUCGUCGGCUGGCUCAAGGCCUACAUGGUGCAGGACGUGCUGGGCCUGGCUGUGCCGGACGCCGGACCCACGGCGCGUCCGCCCCACGCCCACAGGCAGCUGCAGGACAUCAUCGAGCAGAAGCAGCUGAAGAAGGCUGCAGCCCGAGAUGCGGGCCAGGCCGAGGGGCAGUCCGAGCCCAGCGAACACUACGAGCUGGAGCACCUGUCCACCAUCCGCCCGCCGCCGUCGUCACCGCCGUCGGACAUUGACAUCGGCUGACUCGCGUCGCCGGCGUUGUCGUCGUUCCACGCGAUGUCGCGUCGUAUCGGGUGCGACGUUCCCGAAAUUUCACCGCCUCCGUGUGGGAGCCCGAGGUCCGCGAUGCUUGUACACGCGUACGUACGUGUUGAACUUCGUUCGCACCACCGUACGUAGCCAACCGUGCCAUUCGGAGGUGCGAGGGUUAAAGACAACAAACUAAACACAAAAAGCAGUUCAAAAGAAAUGCGUUUUCAAUUGUUUUGCGUCCCUGUCGAUGAAAUUGGCAGUGUUCUCGUGCUCUCGCUGAUGAUCUCGUACUGCCAUUUGAAGAGCAACUAUUGUAAAAGAUUUCAGUUGUCGGUGAUUUAGCCAUUCAAUUGCUGUCUGGUGAGAGUCGGUGGAUUGCAGAUACACCCACCCACCUGCUUGCUUACCCACACACUCAUCCAUUCACUUUAUCCUUAUUCAUCCACUCACCUACCCACUCAUUCACCCACCCAAUUACCC